UCAAUGCAACUAUCUAGAACGCUUUCUGGCUUGACCAAUCUUUUAUUCAAUAGAAGAAAUCUGGAUGAAGUGUCUAAUGCCAAGCGGCAACGUCUAAGGCCAGGGAAGUUGUCUCCUCGUCGACCUGUUCCAGAUCAUAUACCAAGGCCUCCAUAUGUCAAUUCUCGGCAACCACCUGGCGUUGCAAGUGGGGCCGAAGUGCAUGAUGAGAAUGGGAUAGAAUGCAUGAGAUCUUCUGGAAAGCUUGCGGCCCAGGUUCUUCAGUAUGCUGGGACUUUAGUCAAGCCAGGUAUAAAAACAGAUGACAUUGACCAAGCAGUUCAUCAAAUGAUAAUUGAUAACGGAGCAUAUCCUUCACCUCUUGGAUAUGGUGGGUUUCCUAAGAGUGUCUGCACAUCGGUGAAUGAGUGCAUUUGCCAUGGAAUACCAGACUCACGUGCUCUUGAGGAUGGUGAUAUAAUCAACAUUGAUGUUACCGUUUAUCUAAAUGGUUAUCAUGGUGAUACCUCAGCAACUUUCUUUUGUGGAGAUGUUGAUGACGAAGCCAGAAAACUGGUUCAGGUGACUGAAGAAUGCCUUUACAGAGCAAUAUCAAUUUGUGCACCGGGAGUGGAGUAUAAGAAAAUUGGCAAAACAAUACAUGACCAUGCAGAUAAAUAUCGUUACGGUGUUGUCCGACAUUUUGUUGGCCAUGGUGUUGGACGUGUAUUCCAUGCCGAUCCAGUUGUUCAGCACUUCAGAAACAAUGAUGGUGGGCGUAUGAUGUUGAAUCAGACCUUCACUAUUGAACCCAUGUUGACAAUUGGUAGCGUUAACCCUGUAAUGUGGGAUGAUAACUGGACAGUUGUAACCGAAGAUGGAAGCCUAUCAGCACAGUUCGAGCACACCAUUCUAAUCACAAAAGACGGGGCUGAGAUAUUGACCCAGUGUUCAAGUGGACCAGCAAGGGGCAGCUAAUACUCUCAAAACUUUCCAUUGUGGAGUUUACGUCAUCCAGAUGUGAUUGUUUGCCUCUCCCAAAUCAAAACUUGGAUGGGAGCAGGCACUCUAUUCUUUACUUGUAUCAUCAUCAUCAUCAUCAUUGAUACCUCUUUUUUUCCUCUGUAAUUCCGGUAAGUUCAUCUUUGAUUGUAUGAUGUAAGCUAUGGUUGGCCAUGCUGCGUGACUUAAACAUGAUUAGCAAUGCUAUACCAAAACGAGAUUAUUAUUUGAACGAAUGAGCACUGAAUUUUAGCAAUUCCUUUGGA